AGCUAGAUAACUAUUUAACUGGUUAGUUUUUCGUUUGUUAAAUGACUAACUAGUUAGUUAAUCUAACUAUUUGACUAUUAACCUAACUCAUUUUUAGUAGCUAGGCUUUUAUUAUUAGCUAGCUGUUUAAACCUAUAUAAGUUAGCUGUUUAAGUAACUUAUGUGUAUGUUAGAUGGCUAGAUUAGAUAGCCUUGUUUUGUGUUAGUUAGCAAACAAAAGUAACUGCUUUCUGGUUAGACAACACAGACCAUAAUGAUCUGAUUUUAGGUUGGUCCGAGGUAGAUAGAUUCAGCUGCAAGGUUAACUUAAAUUGUCAGCUAGUUAAUUAACUAGUUGGUUACUAAACUACCUAGCAGGUAAGCCAUACCAUACUUGGCUAACCAACCUAGUAAACUUAAUUCUUAUUUAAGUUGCAGUAAAGUAGGGCUAGGCGAUUUGAUAAACACAUUACUUUAGUUAUGUCACUGUAUUUACAAAUAAGCCCUUUUUUCAAUACACAAUAUUUAUCUUGAUAUAAUCACAUAAUCCCAGUAAAAAUUUGGGAUGCACCAAUAUGGGAACUUUGGGUAACUAAGCUUUGUGUUUAGAUCCAAUUAUUAGCUAGCUGUUUAAAUGAGGUACUAGAUUCAUUAGCCAGGUACUAGGUUCAGAUGAGGUCAUGGUAUGGCUUACGUGCUAGCUAGUUAGGUUAAUUUACUAGCUAGUUAUUUAGCAAAGAAAAAUAACUGCUUUCUUGCUAUGGUAUGAAGUAGAUAAAUUCAGCUGCAAGUUAGUUACCUAACUAACAGACUUACUAACUACAUAACUAGCUAAUUAACUAGUUAGUUAACCUAAAUGACUAGGUAGUUAGUUGACUAUACAGUUAACUAACUAACUCGUUAACUAGUUUAUAACCCUAAAUGACUAGCUAGUUAAUUGACUACAUGGUUAGCUAACUAACUUACCAACUAGUUAGUUAACCUAAGGGCACUAAAGGGCACCCAGGUCAUUUGUUGUGUCGCAUUCUGUGCUAUAAAUGUGAAUGGACAGAUAGAGUAUUCCGCUCACUAUUUCUUUUGACUGAAGGUUGUAUCUAGCAUAUUGUAAGUUAGCAUUCAGUGUCACACUUUUGCUCAUUUUCUAAAAGUCUAAUAUAUGUCCUCCUUUUUUGCACAGGUGUAAAUAAAGAAUUAGACCCAAAAUUCUACGAAAUUGUCCCCAAGGGAGCAUUUGUUUCAUUUUUUGAUGCCUUCCAUUUGAAAGUGGCACUAUGCCCGCAGCCACUGUGGAUCAUAGCCAAAGAAUAUGUGAGGUGUGGGCUAGUAACCUGGAUGAGGAGCUGAAGAGGAUUCGGCAGGUCAUCCGAAAAUACAGUUACAUUGCAAUGGACACAGAGUUUCCAGGUGUAGUUGCGAGGCCGAUUGGAGAGUUUAGAAGCAAUGCAGACUAUCAGUACCAGUUACUGCGGUGUAACGUUGAUUUGUUAAAGAUUAUCCAGCUUGGCCUUACCUUUAUGAAUGAACAAGGGGAGUAUCCCCCAGGAACUUCAACAUGGCAGUUUAACUUCAAAUUUAACCUCACGGAAGAUAUGUAUGCACAGGAUUCAAUAGAGCUACUGACUACAUCAGGUAUCCAGUUCAAAAAGCAUGAAGAUGAGGGCAUUGAAACACUGUAUUUUGCAGAGCUCCUCAUGACUUCGGGUGUGGUGCUUUGUGAAGGCGUCAAGUGGCUUUCAUUCCAUAGUGGCUAUGACUUUGGUUACCUGAUCAAAAUUCUGUCCAACUCCAAGUUGCCAGAGGAGGAAGUUGACUUCUUUGACAUCCUCAGAUUAUUUUUCCCCAUCAUCUACGAUGUGAAAUACCUCAUGAAGAGCUGUAAAAACCUGAAGGGUGGCCUGCAGGAGGUAGCUGAGCAGCUCGAGCUGGAGAGGAUUGGGCCUCAGCAUCAGGCAGGCUCAGACUCUCUCCUCACUGGAAUGGCUUUCUUUAAGAUGAGAGAGAUGUUUUUUGAGGAUCAUAUUGACGACGCUAAGUACUGUGGUCACUUAUACGGACUGGGCUCCGGCUCGUCCUACGUCCAGAACGGCACCGGCAAUGCCUACGAAGAGGAGGCCAACAAGCAGCAGUCAUGACACAACACAAACCCCCUCACUGUAGAGAACUUCACCUGCAGGGCUUAAAAACAUGGGUUUUUUAGUUUUCAUAAGAUGUUCAAUAGGAAUUUGCACUUUAAAGCUCCAACGAGACUCUUGGUUUUAGAUGGAAAGCUAAAGAACUUCCUCCACUUUGUUGCCUUCUCUAUGUUAAACUUUUGUCACAAAAUGUUCCUCUUUUAUGAUAAGAGAAAAGGAAAAAAUAUGGGUGUUUUAUGUUUUGUUUUCCUGCAAAGCUCAGCCUUAAUAUUAAGCUACGUUUUAUGUUUUUUAUCAUUAUUAAUUUAUUACGUUUGUUCUCAUGCUUUGUUUGAAUAGUGUGUAGACUAAUUCAGCAAACCCUUAUGAUGCCAGUUAUCUACAUGUAUGUUUGUUUGUUCCCUGAUCAGAGGAGUACUACAUUCACUAUAUCCACUUUUUUACAUUCUGCAGCAGCUUGAGACUGAACGGAGCGUUCCACAGAAAAAAAACACACACAGGCGAAUGUACAGGCACUUACAGACCGGCACGAGUGAAGCCUUGCACUGAUUUUACCUUUAUGUUGGGCUAGCACAGAUUAUACCACGAACCAAGGAGAGUGAUGCAUAACUGCCACUAUUUAACUGAUGUGAGAUCACCUCUUCUGUGUCAGAACUGUCUCUUCAUUUCAUUUUUAAAAAGGUGACUUAAAGGUUUUGUAGUAUUUUAGUAUUAAAAAAAAUCAAAGCCUUUUAUUCAUUAUGCUUCUUUAAAACGAAACAACAAAAAAAACAAGGAAAAUCUUAAGCAACUGGAGUACUCAGUGUCAGUGGAUUUAGAUUGACCUGUAGCACUGGUUUUUCAAUCAUGCACAGAUUUUUGGUGCCGUUUGGGUUGUUUGCUUUUCCAGUUCUAUGUUGUGUAGAUCUGCUGCAUGUACUGAAGGCGUUUGAAUAAAUGCUGUGUUGAGUCAUGGUCUGAGCUUUUACAGAGACGUGAGCUGCAUGGACAGUGCUUAUCUUUCGUUGAAUGUCGCCUCCAGAGAAUGACAAGAGAAAAAAAUACAAACACGGAGACUCCUUUCCCUUUUCUCCACUCCAUUACGUGUGUACAAUAUCCAUGUUGAGAAUAUGCAAUAUCAAGGGUGACUGUUUUUAGAGCUUUUGUAAAUAAAGGCCUCAGAUUUUCUAACAUCUAAA